GAGACCAAUUUUCGUGAGUAUUUUUAAUCAAAAUGAUCGGGAUGAGUGGAUCUAGUCUAGUUUCGAUGACCAACAUCAGCUUGCAGGUGAGAUGCCUAAACUAGAAUAUUGGUCAGAAGGAUGGACGAAGGGCAGAACAUCGUUCCACCGGACAUAUGUUCACAAGUCAUUGCUAGAGUUUCAGAGCAAGCUCCUGGUGAAGAAGCCUAGUCGCGUGCUUGUGCCACUAUGUGGGAAAACAUUGGAUAUGAGAUGGCUUGCUGAAGAAGGUCAUGAGGUUGUUGGAGUAGAAGGUGUUCUCCAAGCUGUCAUGGAAUUCUUUCAAGAACAAGAUCUAUCCUACAAAGAAAGUGACAUCCCUGGGAUAAAAGAUGGCAAACUAUUUGAGAAUGAAGAUAAGAAGAUAAAAAUAUACCUGUGUGACUUCUUUAAAUUCUCCAAAGAUUUUGCAGGUCAGUUUGAUGCUAUUUGGGACCGAGGUUCUCUUGUUGCUGUUGAUCCCUCAUCACGACAGCAAUAUACAGACGUCCUUCUCUCAGUACUAUCCCCAGGAGGGCGCAUUCUGAAUGAGGUGUAUGAGUACAGCCUAGAGGAAAAACCAACAGGUACUCCCAAUACAGUGCCUGAUGAAGUUAUACAAAAGUUAUAUGGAGAGAAAUUUUCCAUCGAGCUUUUAGCAGACAACGAUCACUUGAACCAGCGUUUCAAAGACCAAGGGCUGACAUGGAUGAGACAGCAUGUACGCAUCAUGACCCUCAAAUAACAUCAUUCUUAGCCAAACUUAUUUUUUAUCAAAUCAAAGAGUCAAUAAUUCAUUAAUUUGUUUCAUUCUAUUAUUUUAUUUUUCUAUGCAUUUACGUAUUGAUUUGCUUAUUUUUUGUGAUUUAAAUUUACAUAUUUGAUUAUUAAUUUAUUAAUGUAGUCUAUCAUUCUUUUUCUAUCAGAGCGAUUUACCAAUCAAUGUAUUUACUUGCAUUAUGUAUUAAAUAUGUCAUUUUGCCUCCAAAGAAGAUUCUGCUAGGAUCGAAAGCUUAGGCCCCUUUUGACUCUCUAAAUAUGUAAAUUGUCAGUAAUGCAUGGAAAUGUAUUGUAAUGUUUAUAGUAUAUUUCAAAUCUGUGAUAUUUGACCAUUAGACAUCUAUAAGCCUUUUAAAUAUUUCAUUUUUACAUCGGAUUAGGUCCUGCAUAAUAACAGUUUUGUUGUUCAUACAUGAUGUAUGAAAUUAUAUCACAAAAAUAAACAGCUUUAUCACUUUAUUUGUGGUACACAACUGAUAAUAUUCAAAUCGAUAAUAUUCCAUGUAAAUUGAUUAUAACUAAUCUAUGGUACAAAAUUACUUCCUGCAUUGGAAUUUCUUUGUUGCAUUUACAUGUCUCUCCAUGUACCCAGGAAGAUUCAUAAAGUUCCAUUUUCACAUUUGAUGGCAGAACUCUGCCUAAGAGAACACUCCUCUACCCCCAUCCUCCAAUUAUUGUCAAUUAUACCAGUGAGAAUAAUGCAAAAUUAAAAUGGGUAAGGUUUUAAUAUUAAUGUUUCAGAGUCAGUUUGGUUUUAUUUUUUAACUCAUCUUUACUUUAUUUAACUCCAUAUAAUCUUGAAAAAUUUGACAUCUUUUAUAUUUCUUGUGUUUAAGCUACACUGCUAGGACUGCAAAAAACAGACAUAGUUGUCUUAUACAAUACAAUUUUAAUGGAAUUUGUAUCUUGAAUAUGAAGAUAGUUAGAGAUAACAUGUGCUUAAAUUGUUUGUCAACUGUUAAAUCAUUGCAGCUAUCUCUAUCGCUAGGAAAUGUAUUGAAUAUUGAUUUUUUUUAGUAGUUGUCUUUAUUUAAGAAAUAAUUACUGACAUUUUAUCAAAACAGAAACUGAUUUCUAAAAAUGUAUUUUCUUUAUCUUUUGAGAUCUUAUAUUAAAACCACUUUUCAAGCAUGAAAUUAGCUGAAAAUUACUAGUACGUGAUGUAAUUGUAAGUUCUGAUGUGCAAUCAAUAAAUUGGUAAGAAACAUGUUAGUGUUAAAUGUGCCUUUUUGUAAUGAACAAAAAGAAAUACUAUACGAAAAAAAGGAUGCUAGACAUUCUCAUUUGUUAAAUUCACAUUUAUAUAAAUUAUCAACAGUCACUACACUUCUGUAACCUUGAGUGUUUGAUGAUAUAAGGAGUCUCAUGUUAAAAUCACUUGUACGUUAACAAAUGUUUUUGAAGCGCUUUCACUAAGAGUUAUGUGAAAAAAAUGUCAGAUUUAUGGAUUUUAAAGAUUAACUUUGUGAUAUAUGCUAGCGGCUCCAUCAUACAUGUAUAUCAUGUGACAAAGUCCAUGAAUGUUAUUUUUUCUUAAAAUUGAAAAUGACUUCAUCUGUGCACUCAAUGUAUCAGAAAAUAUUGUGUACAUGCUCUAAAAAAAGACAAAUAGUUUUCAUGAACCAUUUAGGAGUAUUAUAAUGAAGAUGUAGUAUAUGAUUUUAUAUAUUUUCGUAUAAUUAAAGUGAUCUAUCUUUUGUAAAUGAUGACAGUUAAUCAUUUUGCUUACCAAAUAAUGAUUUAACACCAUCAUAGAAAGUGCUUCUGAGAGACAUUCUAAGAGAGAGGAGAUGAAAAUCAAGAAGUGAAUGAUAACAGUUUAGUUGUGACACUUCUGAUCGCCUAUGUUCAUGUUAAUUGGGGAGAAAGUAAAUUUUGUUGGCAAUGAUGAACAGUUCAUGCUAUCUUGUUGCCCAGCCAUAACAAACUGACACUUAACUUAUGGCUAUGAAUUUAGAGUGACAUAUUUAAGAUGGUGACUGCUUUUGGGUUGAGGGGGGGGGAGAAGGUUGGAGAGAGAAAACGAGCCGUUAUGAUACUGAAGAGCUUUCAUUUGGCUUGUAAAACUUGACAUCAAUAAGGAAUGCAGGUUUUAAUUGUAGUAUUUUUUGGUAAGUUGGUAUUUAAAAAAAAAAAAUUUAAAUGAAAUAAAAAUCAAGGGGAAGGGGAGGAUUAAAAGUGGCAGAAAGAGGUAGAAAAGACAAGGCAUUUAAAUAGGGGUAAUAAUUACCCCCUAAGAAAAGGAAACAGAAGGGGGAUUAAAAGGGAUGAAAUGUAAUAUCUUGUCAUU